UUUUGUUCAACGGAGGGGGCCCCGGUGAGUGGCGCCACCGCCCAGGUCAGCCAUUUUGUGUUUUACUACACAAAAUACCUCCGGGAUCGAUCCCCAUUCCGAGACACGCCGCGAACCGGGGCGCGCUGGCUUUCUGCCUCUGCGCCUCCUGAGUUCUUGUUGUCUCGGGGUGGGGUCGGUCUUGGUGGUGUUGUUUUUUUUUUCCGUCUUCGCGGGUCUGGAUUAGUUUCGGGGUGGCUUGCGGCUUGUGUUGUUUCGUUUCUUCUUUAUUUGUUUAUUUGUAGCGCCGUGUCUGUCUUUAUGUUCUUCUCUUCUGGUUCUUUUUGGUUUCUUGUGUUCUUCUCUGCUCGAGGUUUUCCCCCUCUUCCUUGUCUGUUUCGUCUCUUCUUGUUGGUUUUCUGUGGAUGGUUUGUUCGUGACUGGUGCGUGUAAUGCGAGCAGCAGCCUGCAGAGUGUCGCCUAUCGUUCGCCGCUCCCGGCCGACCUUCUCGUUGCUCCAGCGUGCGGAUUCAUUUCUCCCAAACCCCUCCGACACAGGGCGCGUCGCUUUUAUUGCGGUCCAUGUUCGACCAGUGCGGCAUUCUUCCUUUCGCGCCUGGUAAGACACGCAGUUCGCACCUAGUGGUGUCAGCGGAUCGCGGAUACGGACAUCUCUUCCAGGACGUACCGCGUGAGCAGAAGCAGCGCAAUAACACUAUUCGAGUAGGCGGCACCGGUGCGCCGGCAGUUUCUGGCGACGAUCGCCAUUCUUCAGAUCGCAAUAGCGCAGCGAGCGCGCAGGCGAGCAGUGGCGCUCCAAUUUUGGAAAUGGUAGCCAGCGACUCGCAGAUAUCGUCAUCAGCUGGUGCUGGGCAUCGAAAUAGCCGCCGUCAAAUUCUAGGUGCUUCAGCUCAGCAUGACAUAAGAAGAAAGCGAACCAGGUCGAAGCGCAAGCGCCAACGGUCAAGGAGAACAGGCAUGGCGAAUGCCACUUCGCCAGCACCUUCUGCGGCACAGACUUCUGCAAGGCCACACGCACCUGUACCAGCGCAACCUGAAGAAGUACACUCUGGCAUUGUCAACAUGGAUACUUCUGAGGUGGCAGAUGCCUCUGCUGUUACAAACGUCAACCGAGAAGAAGGACCAGGUAGAACGAGUCUGGCGAGCACUGUUUCACUCGCACUAUCUACGGCGACUGCCUCGUCUGAGUCUGCUGUCGACAUUCGCGCAUCAUUGAAACACACCGCGGCACAAGGACAUCGUUGUCGCCGACGUGCUGGAAAGCGGCAGCGUCGUCUUCGAAAAAAGUGGGGAAUAAGAUCCAAGUCUGCUGGCGAAGUAUCGAAAGAGCCUGGCGCGCUUCAACACGCUACGCGGAAUGACGCAGUAGAUAUCAGGAUGGAGUCCAUGUCGCUGUCGCAGUCGUGCUCAAAUAAGGCGCCCCAUCCGGGACGCCUUGUUCGCGCGUACAUCCAGGAGAGGCGCACCAAGCAGAGGAGGAUCGUACAAAGACUUUUUGGAAGCAAGCGCACUUCUUUCAGCUGUGGCGUGUCACGGGAAGGAACCAGCAGCGACUUUAGACAAGAGCUGGAUAAGUGCGCUUGUUCUCUUGCGCGUUUUCUUACCGUUGACCUGGCUUCUGCUUCCGUGCGCAAGAACUUGAUUCAACCUUCAAAAGAAACAACGGGAUGCAGCGCCACACUUUUCCGACAGCAAGACUGGCAGCAACUGCUACGGCUUGCUGAGCUCCAGCAUUUACAGCAAUCUGCGCUAAACAAAGAUCCCCAUGCGGUUGUCGAGCGAUGCGCUCUUAGCAAUAGGAAGGCAGCGCCGAGGGUAAUAUUGAUGCUAGACUCGGAAUUUAGCCCAGCAAAUAGUCAAGUCUAUCUUUUUCGUCAUCAUAGGCAUGCCCACUUCAAAAGGUCUCAAUCUAUCAUACACAUACAUUUCUAGAUGUUGCUACUUUUUAUUAAUUUCUAUUCAUAUCCCUCUUCCUCUCCUUUCAAUAUAUUUAAUGCUUAUAUCGUCCUAUUCCACCUAACGUUAACCAGAUUCGUUGGAAACCGAAGGGGACAACAAGCGUAGGCCUCCGGCCUAUCAUAGAUCUGCGGCAUCAAAAGCGUGACUUUCAGCUCCGUGAUUCGACAGCAGUGCUUAAAGCGGCAGCGCGAAAGAACGAUCAGCUUGGGACUUCGGUUUUCAAUAGAUUUCAGCUGUAUGGGAAGCUUCUCCAGACUCGCAGGAAGCUUCUGCAACAAAUGAGGAAAAAGAGGAAGCAAGGAGCGGAAACUGCUUCGCCGCGGCAUCACCAGCAAUUGUAUGGUAGUAUCGUAGUUGCAGACCUGCCGAAGUGCUACGAAAAUCUCUCGCACAGUGAGCUAAAGGAGGUGCUAAAUGAGACGAAGUUGCCAGAAAAGUCGACCGUCGCCUAUCCGACAGUUUUCGCUGUUGGUCGCGGAUGUGGUGGCGCUAAUCUUCGCGUUGCAACAGAGGGCGUCCGCAGAACGUUUGUGACAACUGACGUCGAGGAAGACACUGCUGAGCCAGAGUGUGCAGUUGUGCUCGAUAAGAAGCUUCUGCAAGUGAGGAAUCUGAUUGUACCACAGAAGUCUGGCGCUCGGACUAUCUUUGCUGGCACAGUUCGCUCGAAAAUAGCCAGAAACGCGAUCCGAGAGCAGUCUGUGCGACUACCAUUUUCAGACUUGAUUGUUCGCAGCAAUGUUGGGAUUCCGCAAGGUGCACACGCGAGUCCUCUGCUAUGCGCGCUUUCGCUUGCUGCAAAAGACAGAAAGCUUGAGAAGAAGGAAAGCCAGCGAGAACAAGGCAUACGCGAAAACGCUUCAGAUGAAGAAGCGUCUAAUCUUUGUCUGCUCAAAGAUCAUCGUAGUCCUUUCGCUGUGAAACAAGAAUCACAGAAAAAGCAAAACAAGGCUUCUGCACUAGUUCGCACACGUCUAGUUGAUGACUUUCUCUACGUCGGCGAUGCCGAGCCAACUUGUGUGGUAGAUGAGUGGGAGGCUGUUUUUGGGGAACUGCACAAGAAAAAGUCAGUAACUUGUUUCUACGCUACGAAACUUAGCUCAAAAAUGAACGGAAUAACGAGUAGUGGAUCCCCAGCUUCCUCGUCCUCUUGCGCGCCGCCAACUACUACUACUGCGUCAUCUAGUGGACGAGAUAACAUUUUUCCCGCGGCGCCAUCAUCAGGAGUUGUGUGGGCUGGUUUACGCUUUGCACCGCAGAGCUCUCCAUGUGAUGUGGUCGGACAUAAAUCAGGUGCAGACUCUUGUACCACAUCAGCAUCUUCCUCGUGGUCUAAAAAUGGCGCGAGCAACAGUAGUUCUAGUUCAUCAACUUCCGCGUCCACUUUUGCUGCGUCGAAUUCUUCACGUCGCAGUGCGUUGCCAAUGUCUGCUUUCGAGAAGCUCAACAUUUCCGCGGAAUUGCGACAAACGCCUUUGGUCCUUCGUUCUAGGUCCACGAACGCUGUUGCGCGCACAUUCAUCAUGUUGCUGGACUCACAACUUUUGUCUGGGAUCGUGCUUGACCGACGACUGAACAGCGCCGCCUCGGUCGAGAACUAUCUCCAAAACUUGGUCUUGGUCAUGGCGCGACGUGUGAAAGACAUAAAACGCCGACUAGCUGGCGUAGGAGUUGUUACAACUACUGCCCGUGGAUCUAGGAGUGCCUCUGCUCGAAAGAACAAGAGCAGAUAUACAAGUAGAAGAAGCGUUGUGCUGCAGCAUGGCGUUGGUGCGUGCUACAAUCGUGCACAUGGUCAACCGAUUGGUCGCGUGUGGCAGAAGUUAAUGGCUCGCAUUUCAAAGCGAUGUCGUGAGAGCGGCAACGCUGCAGUCUGGGAAAGGGUACAGAAUAAGCUGGUGGGUCUUCAAGUAGAUUUCUAGCGCUCUAGGGAGCACCAGGAAAAGCGCCGCGCGUCAUGUACUACUAAUACAAGUUAGUACUAGUAGAGUGCUUUGGCCUACCCAUGUAUUCACUACUCAACUGACCAGCAGCGUCUCAUGCUGGCGAACUGGGCAAGAUUUAGGUAGUGGCUUCGAGAUUUAUAGUUCAACAUAAGAAACCAAGGCUCGACUGAAUGAGAAGACUGUAGGGAAAGUGAACACCUUCCGCCGGUUGCGGUGGUGAGGGUUCUCAGUUAUACUGGAUAUCUGUAUUUGUCUAUUUCUGUUGAGGAUGGGCGCAUGAGUAAUAUGUGGCUGUAUUGAUUAUUUCAUGGUGGAUAAUGCUUGCAUGUGCAUGGCAACUUGUUUUGCCCAUGGUUUAGGCGUGGAUCAUGGAGGGGCCUCUCUCGUGUGCUGGUGAGUCCGGAGGGGAAAGGUGGCGUUUGGGGUUGGGGGCAUCCGGAAGCCGGACCUCGAUGAUGGCACAGUAGCGAGAUGCCUCAAAGUGAUCCUGCCGAGGCCUAGUCAGUUCGUUUUGUCAGUGCACAUGUGCAAGCGCUACCGAUCUUAAACGACUGGAGGAAUUCCAAUUUUUGAAACUUCAAGUGCAACUUCUUAAUAGCUCGCUGGCUAUGUCAAUCUUCGACGAUGAAUAGAAUAGCAGAUAAUCUAGUAUGUGGGAAAUUUGUUCUACCGAGAAGGAAGAUGCAUCCGCUACAUUGGGGACAAAGUAUUUCCUUAGUAUCGCAAAGAGGUGAGUGUACUUAACGAUACUCGUUUGUGUUUAUGUUUUCGUCGUUUUUCGUGUUCGUCGUCUUAUAUCGGCUUGGAUCUUUUCUAGGAGAGGUCCAAGCUCUUUUCCUUUUUUUUUCUCGUUUCAUCAUUGAGGAUCAGAGAAGGUUGCCGCUUGGUGAUCUUCGUUUAACCACGUUGGAGUCCUGAAGAUUUACACAUAGUUUUUUUUUGUGUGUGUCAACUACAACUGUAGGUCUUAGCAAGUAUAAUAAAUACCGUUCUUAAAAAUGUUGUUCUUGACACUUCCUGAGCUCGUUUUUCCUAGAAUCAAGAACGGAGAGCAGUAAGAUAUAUCGUUCUUUCUUUGCAGCCCGACUACGUAUUUACAUGCAACCCAAGCAAAAUGUGCAUCCAUGAGAAAAAACAUCAGAAAGCUUUAUGGUGGCCUGUCAUUAUGUCAUUGUGUAUCUAUUAGAUGAGCAUCAAGCAUGGUGUGUGCAAUCAUCUCGAACUACUCAUGACAUCAUGAUAGUGCAGCUGUGGUGAUUCUCAUGCAUUCCAUAAAGCUUAGAACAUUCAUCAAUUUCAUUAACUACCAUUCCAUCUCAACAUAAUUACCCUGAAGAUAGUGAUACUUUUCUCAACACCUUUCACAGAGAGAUCGUGCCCAGCAUUAUCCGUUCGAUGGAGGCACGUCGAUGGAGGCAUGUCAAAAGACUAUAUCAUGAUCUACGUCGACUCUUCUACUUCUUGAGUAGCCGGAAGUAGGGCACCCUUUGCAUGCAUAAGGACAAGGUGACCCAUCAAAAAUUGCAAUAAAUCAAUCAGAACUUCCACCUAUAAAGUCAAAUCGCUGUAAGAGAAGCUGACUUUCCAGCAUGCACAUCAUGGAGACGAUGGCAACAAGCAAAGAUAAACAACAUGUCGCUCAGCUGUAAGAUAGUACGUGCCAGAAACUAAGGAGUACAACUCAGCGGCCA